GCCAGCCGCCGCCAGUCUCCUCCCCAAACCGGCGCUCCUGCGGCUUUUAUAGCGGCUUCUUUGUAGCUCGGGCGCGUUUUGGACUGUUCGGAGAUUUUCGUUGAUGGUUAGGUUCUGUGAGAAAAGGAUGAAGUUCCUUGUGGCUGUUACCGUUAUCGUGGCAUCUCUGGUUUUUCUCGCCUUCCCCAAUGGCUCCUCAGCAGACGAGAAGAAGAAAGGCCCCAAAGUCUCCGAAAAGGUCUUCUUUGAUAUAAGGGUUGGUGAUGAAGAGAUCGGAAGAAUUGUCAUUGGGUUAUUUGGAAAAACCGUUCCCAAAACGGUUGCCAACUUCGUUGCCUUGGCCACUGGAGAGAAAGGAUUUGGUUAUAAAGGAAGUAAGUUCCACCGAGUCAUUAAGGACUUCAUGAUCCAGGGCGGUGACUUCACAAAGGGAGAUGGAACUGGAGGGAAAAGUAUUUAUGGCGACCGUUUUCCUGAUGAGAACUUCAAGCUGAAGCAUCAUGGUCCUGGCUGGCUAAGCAUGGCCAAUGCUGGCAAAGACACCAAUGGUUCCCAGUUCUUCAUCACCACAGUGAUCACUUCCUGGCUGGACAACAAACAUGUCGUCUUUGGAAAAGUCCUGGAAGGAAUGGAUGUGGUGAGAAAGAUUGAGGGCACCACGACGGACAGCCGCGACAGGCCUCUUAAAGAUGUCAUCAUUCAUGACUGUGGCAAAAUCGAGGUGGAGAAACCAUUCGCUGUGGCCAAAGAGUAAAGAGCUGCUCGGUGGGGGAGAAAACAGGACUGUAGGAGGAAUGUGAUAGCACUGUGCAAGCCACCUUGUGAGCCUUAAGGUUCGUAGGUAUUGUGUGCUGAUGGCUGCUAAUUGAAAGCACCUCAUUCACUAUCAUCAACCCGCGGUGGUAAUGUUCUGUGUCCUUUAACAAGUGUCACACCAAUAAAUGUCUUUUGUAAAAAAACAAACAAAUGAAAUCAACAAAAUAAAGAUUUCA